CCACGCCCCCUCCUCCCCACCAAUAGGGAGCCAGCUCUUUAGCCGCCUAAAUUAGAAUGUGACAAAAUAAAAGGAUCGGCAGAUAUUGUUCUCAUCAUUACUGAUCUCUGUUCUCUAGGAGAAUAUUUCACUAUCCUGAACCAUCAUGUCUGAUCCCGCCAAGUCUGCACCAGCGCCUAAGAAGGGCUCUAAGAAAGCCGUGACCAAGACUCAGAAGAAGGACGGCAAGAAGCGGAGGAAGACCAGGAAGGAAAGCUAUGCCAUCUACGUGUACAAGGUGCUCAAGCAGGUCCACCCUGACACCGGCAUCUCCUCCAAGGCCAUGGGCAUCAUGAACUCCUUUGUCAACGAUAUCUUCGAGCGCAUCGCAGGGGAAGCCUCCCGCCUGGCUCACUACAACAAGCGCUCCACCAUCACCUCCCGGGAGAUCCAGACCGCCGUGCGCCUGCUGCUGCCUGGAGAGCUGGCCAAGCACGCCGUGUCCGAGGGCACCAAGGCCGUCACCAAGUACACCAGCGCCAAGUAACCUGCUCCGCCUCCUGCUGUCACCCCAAAGGCUCUUCUAAGAGCCGCCACAUUGUCUAUAAUAGAGCUGGGGCUUCUAUCUGCUAGAAUUAUCCUUGUUAUAUUUGUGGCUGAUAUUCUAUCAGUGCAGCCGCUUUAUACUGUAUAUAUUGUCUACAUCAGAACUGUUCUAUGCACUUUAGUCCGUAGAAGCCGAGUCGCAGUGAAGCAGAACUUGUCCCCAGAUUUG